UCGGGGUCCUUCAGAGGUCCUUUGAAUGCAUGUGGCGCGAUAUGGGAAACUGAGGCGUAAAUAGUUUUGAUUGUCGUUUUCUUCUCAAAGAGAGGCAUAAAUUUAUCUAAACAACAUGUUUUCUGCAGAGCAGAGUUGCUGGUUUAUCCGCAAGGUAAUUUGUUGGAGAGCUGCAGCCAGUAUUGCUUGGGCUGUACUGUUGUUGCCACCCAGCACAGCAAUUUUUGUGUUCCUCAGCAAGUUCAGUGUUCUCCACCCCAUCCAGACCAUAUCAGAAUGCUUCUCCAUGCUAACAAGUGCAACUGCCAUCUUCUCUUUCAUCCUGCUGUGUGGAGUGAUCAUCAUGGUUGGUUUCUUGAACUUUGAGUAUUACACAGUCAUUCCAACUAUUGCAUGCUCGAAAAUCGCGCUCUUUGGUCAGCUUCUCCACCCUCGACAGCUUGUCAACUCCCUGGUCCACUGUAUCAUGGGAAUGAUUGUAGCUUGGUGUUCUGCCGUUACCAUUGGAUUUAGAUACGAAACUCUUGGCCACCCGUGUGCGCAGACCGAUGGUUAUCAUCAGAUGUGUCUGAAUGAAUAUCAUCUCAUCCUUCUGCUGGGUGGAGCUUUUGUUGGAUUCUCUCACAGUCUGCUGGGUGUGAUCCACAACAUGAACUAUGUCUCCUUCCAUACUGUUCAGCAAUACAAAUACCUUCGCUUCAAGGGAUGUCUUCCUUUGGUGGUUAGGUGCAGUGCCACUCAGGCACUUUACUCUGUCAGGAACUUCAUCGUUGUUUAUUACUUUUUGGGGCACAUUCCAAGAACAUGGAUCUGUAAAACACUGAAUCUUCACUUGGGCAGCUCUGCCCACCCUCUUGACAGCAUAGCUGGAUUGCUGGACCUCUCCCUCCUCUACCACCUCUGGAUCAGUGCCACCUUUCUCCUCUUCACUUGGUACAUCAUGCUGCUGCUCUUUAGGAUUUUUCUCACUGAGGGGUACAGUUUUCCUGUGCAGUCAUCUUUUACUGAGGAUGCAGACCAUUGCCUUCCUAAAGUACUGACUGAAAAGCAGCCAAUGCUAUUAAAAUUCCUAGCUUUGCAGGACUUGGCUCUGUUGUCUCAGCAUUCUCCAUUACGACGGUGUGAAGUCUUCAGUCUGAGUCAACCAGGUGGACAUCCUCAUAACUGGAAUGCUAUCAGUAAAGAGUGCCUCUCUCUGCUGGCUGAUCUUACCCAGAGACUUGUAGCCUAUCAUGACACUGUAGCAACCAAUGGCAGGGCCAAAUCACUGUCAAGUGGGAGUGAAAGGAAGACCUCUUCUGAAACAUCAGGUACAGAAGAUUUCAUGAGUCCAAGGCCUACCGCUUUUAUGAAAACUCCAGCUUCAGUCUUCGCUCGGUCCAUUGCUGGAGGCCAGCAGAGCCCUCUAACAGCCCCAUUCACCCCUGAUCUGGACAGCCCCUUUAUGUCUCCUGCACUGCGGCGUCUUGCUGCUCCUGUGGAGCAAGGCUCACCUUGGUAUGGCACAGUGCAGAGCCCCCACAUCAUGAGGCGAGUGCCCAAACUCUGGUCCACAUCCACAGAUUCCCAGGUUAAUGGCAGUCCCCCGCCAUCACCAGCUUCAGUUCCCAGUGACAAGCAGGAACCCUCCAAACCAAGUUUUCUGGCUCAGUUCCUCCAGAACAGAAGAGAACAGGUUAAAAAUUUCUUGGCAAAGCGAGUGCUGAUAGUGUAUUUGUUUAACAAGCUCCCAGAAGCCUCGAGUCAGGCUCUCUUUGCUGACAGUCAGGCCCACAUCUGGGCUUUGGAAGGGCUCUCUUACCUUGUUCAAGCCUCAUUCUCUGAAGAUCAGUUUGGGGUUGUGCAGACUACAUUACCCAGCAUUCUCAGCUGCAUGCUGGUCUUACAAGAGGCUGUCGAUCGACACUUCAAGCUGCCCCAUGCCUCCAGUAAGCCUGUCAGGUUGACCAGCAGCAUGGGAGACUCAACAUACAAAACUCUGCGCUUUGCUCUCAGGGCCACACUAAAGACUGCCAUCUACAGGAUAACAACCACAUUUGGUGAUCACUUAAAUGCUGUUCAGCUGUCUGCAGAGCAUCAGAAAAGAUUGCAGCAGUUUCUGGAGUACAAGGAGUAAUGUAUUUGACGCUGGCCGUGCCUUGAGAUUCUUAUCGAUGCAUAAAGAUGUCAACAAAUGAAAGGCCAUGAUAGUGCCUCUUUUAAUAUUUAUGUCUGCACUAUACCGUGGGAUUAUAUUUGAUGGUUGAGAUCACAUCUCUCACAUGCAGGAAGGAGCAGGAAGCCAAACAGACUGAAACGGGUUGAAGGACUGUUAUCUCUUGUGUUUAGGAGAUAUUAAUCUACCCUACAGUAAAAGAGGCUCAAAAUAAAUAAAUAAAAUUUUUUCCUCACAAGGAAAUGUGAGAAAUUCA